CAUGCGUGCUGCAAAAGUCAGCGUGUUGCGUUGCUGUGUGCUGCUCUACUUAUUUGCAGUGUAAAUGUUUCUGACAAGGAAUACAAGCUUCUAAUUUUCAUAAUGAAAACAAGAUUCAAUACCGUGGAUAUCAGGGCAGUCAUUGCUGAGAUAAAUGCUAAGUAAGUUAGUCUGGUUCAUGCAUCAUGAAACGUGCUAUUGUUGGCUAGCUAGCUAAUGUUAGCUAGCUAGCUAGUUACUGUAACAAAUGUCGAAGUUGAAAGAUAGAUUGGGCUUGUUCGACAUUGCAGCCGACUGACUGAUCUACAAAUCACCUUGCAUCAUAAAUAACGCUCAUUAUUAUUUGUAGCUAGAUCAGUCAGUCACAAUUUACCCACGAUACAUCACGGUGUUUAUGCUCUCGAACACGGCCAUUGAAUAAACUUGCUAACUAUACAACUACUGUCAACAAUUGGUUUAGGUCCACAGGCAUUCUCUAAACUUGACAGACGUUAACUACACAGAUGGCUAGCUAACAAAAUAUGAUUGGGACUUAUGAAUAACGUCAUCAUGACACUAACUUAAUUUGUUCUGUUAUCACAGUUAUCUUGGUAUGCGCGUAAACAACGUGUAUGACAUCGACACGAAGACAUAUCUCAUCCGGUUGCAAAAGUAAGUGAUAUCUGCUGGCUGUCAGUGGUACCAAGCUACAGCAACCAUCCAUGUUGUUGCCAUGAUGUUUGUUUACAGAACUUGUCAUGUACACGUGUCAAAUGAAAUGCAUUGCUAAUGUGUCACUAAGUCCUAGGGAUGACUGGUGUGCAAGAUUAGAAUUGAAAAUGUUUUUGUUUGUUUUCAGGCCUGACACCAAAGCUAUUCUACUGGUUGAAUCUGGACUCCGCAUUCAUUCUACAGACUUUGAAUGGCCCAAAAAUAUGAUGCCCUCUGGCUUUGCCAUGAAAGUGAGGAUGCAUUGUUUUUUCAGUUGUCCAUUCACUUGUCAUGUCAUGCAAUGAUGGAUGUCUUGGUAACUCACUUUAUGAUGACUCUUCCCCAUAGUGUCGAAAGCAUCUCAAGUCAAGGCGACUGACACAGGUGAAGCAGCUUGGGAUUGACAGGAUUGUUGACAUCCAGUUUGGCUCAGAUGAGGCUGCUUACCAUCUGAUAGUGGAGCUCUAUGACAGGGUGAGAAAUGUCCAUUCCCUUCUUCCUCUCUCCGAGUCUGACGUUUUCAUUAUACUCUUCAACUGUAGAAUACAUUACUUGUUUCAUAUUUAGCAAUGACAAUCGAUAUUCCAUGCUGUUUUCUUUAUGAUCAUCAUGUUGAAUGCAGUGUAAUGUGCACCCCCUGUGUAUGUGAAGGGUAACAUUAUCCUGGUGGACCACGAGUACAUGAUUCUGAACCUGCUGCGCUUCCGCACAGCAGAGGGAGAGGAAGAUGUGAAGAUAGCGGUGAGGGAGAGGUACCCUGUGGAGAACGCCAGGCCGCCAGAGCCCCUCAUCAGCUUGGAGAGGUAAGCCACGGGAGGCAGAUAGUGGUUAGGAUGAAUCAUGGUGCCAAUGCAGGCAAAAGAGUGGAACAAUAUUUAAAUAUUUGCAGAUGAAUUCGGUGAAAUGUUGAGGGAUUUGUCACAAGAUGUUUAGUGAACUGAGCAUUAUAUUCAGUUCAAUUAUUGAUAUACUUUUUUGGUUACUACAUGAUUCCAUACGUGUUAUUUCAUAGUUUUGUAGAAAAUAGUACAAAUAAAGAAAAACCCUUGAUUGAGUAGGUGUGUCCAAACUUUUGGCUGGUACUGUAUAUAUGACUGACAGGUGGAACUGUUUUGAAACCACCGUGCCUCCAUCUUGGCACUCCAUUGUAAAAUAUUUUUAUGGCUAUAAAAUGCGAUUAUUAAUGUCUAUAUUUGUUUUUGUCACAUUUAUUCUAUUAGAGACACCUUAAUGCAUACUUUUAAAUUGUAUUAUGUCAGCUAAACAUAAAAAUAAUGUUAAUGUCCCCACUACAACAAAAAAAUACUUAAAAACGUGUAAUUUUCUCCUUAACAUUUAAUUGAAAUACUAUAGAAUUCCAUUCAUUCCUAUGGAGGACUGCUCCUUCUGGGGAGUGCCAAUAUCGCCGUCCGGUGGCUUCAAAGCCUCUCACUGGCUAGUACAUAGCAUCAGCAAUCUAGGGUUUACUGUAUAUACAUAAUUGAUUCAGUUAGGCCUAGGGUUGCAAAAUUCUGGUAGUUUUCCCAAAAUUCCCAGGUUUUCCUGAAAUCCCGGGUUGGAAGAGUCAACGUGGACAAGACAAAGGAUCUUAUUGUGGACUACAGGAAAUGGAGGUCCGAACACGCCCCCAUUCAAAUCGACAAGGCUGUAUUAGUGCGGGUCACUAAGGACCUGUCAUGUUCCAGACACACCAGCACAAUUGUGAAGAGGCCAUGACAACAAAAGAUUUGGCAUGGGCCCUCAGAUUCUCAAAAAAUUCUACAGCUGCACCAUUGAGAGUAUCUUGACUGGCUGCAUCACCACUUUGUAUGGCAACUGCUCUGCAUCCGUCCGCAAAGCACUACAGAGAGUAGUGCAUACGGCCCAGUACAUCACUGGGACCGAACUCCCUGCCAUCCAGGACUUCUAUACCAGGCGGUGUCAAAGGAAGGCCCAAAAAAUGGUCAGACUCUAGCCACCCAAGUCAUAGACUGUUCUCUCUGCUACCGCAUUGCAAGCAGUACCGGAGCGACAAGUCUCUGACCAGAAGGCACCUGAACAGCUUCUACCCCCAAGCCAUAAGACUGCUGAACAGUUAAUCAAAUGGCUACCUGGACAAUUUACAUUGACCCCCUUUAUUAUUUCUUUAUCUUAAUUGUUUUGCACUGACUCUAUGCACACUCACUAGACUCUACCCACACACUCACAUACUACACUGACACUCCAACACACACACACAUACAUAUUGACGCCACACACACACUCCCACAUAGACACACUUUACAUACGCUGCUGCUACUCUGUUUAUUAUAUAUCCUGAUUGCCUAGUCACUUUUACCCCUACCAACAUGCAGUGGUGUAAAGUACUUAAGUAAAAAAUACUUUGGGCUAUCUGCACUUAAUUUAUAUUUUUGACAACUUUUACUUCACCACAUUCCUAAAGAAAAUAAUGUACUUUUUACUCCAUACAUUUUCCCUGACACCCAAAAGUACUUGUUACAUUUUGAAUGCUUUAGCAGGACAGGAAAAUGGUCCAAUUCAUGCACUUAUCAAAAGAUCAUCCCUGUUCAUCUCUACUGCCACUGAUCUGGCAGACUCACUCUCCGUAAAUUAAAAAAACAAACAAGAAAAUGGUGCUUUUGGUUUGCUUAAUAUAAGGAAUUUGAAAUGAUUUAUACUUUAACUUUUGAUACUUAAGUAUAUUAUAUCAAUUACAUUUACUUUUGAUUCUUAAGUAUAUUUUAAGCCAAAUACUUUUAGACUUUUACUCAAGUAGUAUUGUACUGCGUGACUUUUACUUGAGUAUUAUUCUAUUAAGGUAUCUUAACUUUUACUCAAGUAUAACAAUUGGGUACUUUUUCCACCACUGCCCACAUGUACAUACUGUAUUAGCUCAAUUAUCUCAACUACCUUGUACCCCUGCACAUUGACUCGGUACUGGUACUCCUUGUAUAUAGCCUCGUUAUUGUUUUUAUUGUUACUAUUUCCUUUUUUUUAUUUAGCAAAUAUUUCUUACUUUUUAACUCUGCACUGUUGGGAAUGGGCUCCUAAGUAAGCAUUUCACUGUAAAGUCUACACCUGUUGUAUUCGGCGCAUGUGACCAAUACAAUUUGAUUUGAUUUGAAUAAGCAGGAAAUUCGCAAUCAUCCAACCAGGAUUUCUGGAAAACUUGGGAAUUUUGGGAAAGUUACCGGACAUUUGCAACCCUAGUUAGGCCCAAGAGUUCAUUGAAGAAAUAAUAAUCUGUGUUGGUUUGUUUUCAUGUAGACUCACGGAAGUCCUGUCAAAGGCCACGAAUGGAGAUCAGGUGAAAAGGGUCCUCAAUCCUCACCUUCGUAAGUAGUCUUCGUCGCCUCUGUCUCCAUCCAAGGCUCAUCCAAGUUUAGUAAAAAAUUUUUUAAAAAAUUCCACAAUGUUAUUAUCAUUGUAAACAGCAGACAUACCUUCUAGCGUUAUCUAUCUGCUCUUUCAGCAUAUGGGGCUACUCUCAUAGAGCACUGUUUGAUGGAAGUGGGACUCACUGGCUUCAUCAAAGUGGACAACCAGUUUGAUGCUGCACGAGGUACGUUUCUUUUAGACCAGCUGUAGCCAUUGGCAGAUUACGAAGAUGUACUGUUGGUAUAUAUUAUUCAAACAAUGAUCAUCAGAAUCAUGAUAUUCUGGAUGAAAUAGGCUUAAUUGUUGUGUGUAGAUGCACCCAAAAUCCUGGAUGCCCUGCAAAUGGCAGAAGAUUAUAUGGAGAAAACGGCAAGCUUUGAUGGAAAGGUAGGUCUCACGUCUUAUUGAGAAUAUUCAUUCAUACAUCGGAUCCAUUUGUAAUAGCGAAAUCAUAGAAAAGUGUGUCUCCCUUGUUUCGUUGCAGGGCUACAUCAUCCAAAAAUGUGAGAAGAAACCAAGUUUAGUCCCAGACAAACCUCCUGAAGAAUUGCUCACGUAAGUUAUUUUAUUUGACUCUCAUUCUGUGCUUAUGAUAUUAUGUCUCCAAGUUCAGUUACUGGGAAGAUCAGCAUUAGGUCUCACCAGAAGCAUUAUGGAGGUUUUUGUUUGCUUGGCUGGUGAGAUAUGUUCAAGUCUCCAACAAUGUCUUAUUUUUACAGAUAUGAGGAAUUCCACCCCUUCCUCUUUGCCCAACAUGCAAAUAGCCACUAUGUUGAGUUUGAUACAUUUGACAAGGUGAAUUUGAGAAUAUCUGUCCUUUAUAUGUAUUUAUUUACCCUAUGCGUAUGUUGGGAAAAUGUCAUUGUUUCCCAUACUUACCUAGUGUACCAAAACUGUAUUGGUAUUUUCAUAAGACUAAGGUAUGAGAUCACUUCAGUAAGUCUUGCUCCUCUGCUCCUAGGCGGUGGACGAAUUCUACUCCAAGAUGGAGAGUCAGAGGAUCGACGUGAAGGCCCUGCAGCAGGAGAAACAGGCUCUGAAGAAGCUGGACAAUGUCAAGAGGGACCACGUGCAGAGGCUGGAGGCACUGCACCAACUUCAGGUCAAUACUGAAGAACUAAUGCUAAAGAUGUGCUAAUGCUAAAGGAUUGCUAAUGCUGAAGGAGUGCUAAUGGGUCCUGCCAGAGCCAUGUAUUUAGAGAGUUGGGCCAAUGCGGUUUCUGCAUUAUGAUGCAUUUACAUGACACUACAACAUUGUAAGGCAGCCAUGUUAGCUCCCAAUUAACAUUACAUGGGGAAUAUUUAAACAUGUAACUGAAUGUCUAGAAUUAGAACAAUAUACUAAAAGUUGGCCUAACUCUCUAAAUGCAUGGCCCUUGGUCCUACUAAUUACCCCAAACAACCCAAAAGUACCCACAACAACUCAAAACAAACAAACGGGUACCCAAAACAACCCAUAACAACCACAAACAGGUUCUCUCUCCCGCUGACUCUCUCCAUACUACCUGUCUAAUAAACAGUCGGAUUAUGGUUGGAAUGAAGGAUGACUGAUGGGCUGUUUGAAGGGUAAUGAUGGGAGGACAAUCCUCCACGAUGACCCACUUUAUGGAUGUGUCCCAAAUGGCACACUAUUCCCUAUAAAGUGCACUACCCAUAGGGAUAUGGUCAAAGGUAGUGCACUUUAUAGGGAAUAGGGUGGCCUUUGGAAGACGUAGCUCCCAGGCUGUGGUUUACAUAUCGAUCCGAUCCGUAAUGGGGUGAUUGGGUUGAUCACCUGAUCGAUCGGCAGUCACAAACCUCGUUACUGUCAGCAGGUGACACGCAUGGAUUGCCAUAAUUUCAUAAAGAGAGGUGCGACUACCAUGUGUCCCAAAUGGCACCCUAUUCCAUGUAUAGUGCACUACUUUUGACCAGAGCUUUGGUUAAAAGCAGUGCACAAUAUAAAGGGAAUAGGGUGCCAUUUGGGACACAGCACCUUAUCCCAACAUCUGUAUGUGUCGGCACACGAAUGUACAUAACCUAAUCACAGGUAAUCUCAUUGAAGGAGGAGAGGUGGCUCUGCCAAGACAUGUAGUUUAACACCUUUUGUGUGUUAUCUAGUUAUGAUGGGAAGCGCGUGUGUGUGCGUGCCGGGGUUAAUUAGAAACGAAGAUGGUCAAUUCAGGAAGUGAUUUUAAUUUAAAUCUGAAAGACUUUAGAAAUAAAUAGCUUCUACUCUGUUAUUGUUUAUAUAUGAGUUGUUUGGGUACUUUUUUGUGGUUGUUUUAGGUUGUUCUGGGUAGCACCCAUGCUAAUGCUAUUAGGACCGUGUGUUGCAGGAGGUAGACAGGCUUAGGGGCGAGCUGGUGGAGAUGAACUUGCCCAUAGUGGAGAGGGCUCUGCAGGUGGUGCGGAGCGCCCUGGCCAACCAGGUGGACUGGGCCGAAAUAGGGCUGAUCGUCAAGGAGGCCCAGGCUGCCGGAGACCCAGUGGCCUGCGCCAUUAAGGAGCUGAAGCUGCAGACCAACCACAUCACCAUGCUUUUAAAGUGAGUUGAUGCCCAAAAUGGAUACGUUUCUAAUUGCCCCUCAGGGAUUGAUAAAGUCAUAUUGAAUUGAACUGUCUUUGGUUCGGUUAAACUUGACUACUGCCCUUUCACACUACAACUGAGCUGAGCUGUACUAAGCUGACCUGGUUACGCAUCCAUCCUGUGCUGCUGCAAUCUUGCUGGAAAAGUGUGGGAACGUGGCGUUGCAGUUUCCCAGCACAUAUCGCCCACAGCGGCUAGGAAGUGAAUCCCACGUCCUUGAUGCUGCCCUCUAUCACUGUGUCCCAUCUCCUUUCAAACUGUCUAAAUCAAGACUGAGCUCUUCACUGUAGGUGUCAUAUGUAUGCAUUUAUAAAGCCUUUUAUAACAGCUACAUAACAGUGUUACCAAAAAUCCAGCUGGAAAGGAAAAUGUGAAAUUGUAUCCAGCACAGAACAGUUUGGAUUUGAACAAAAGCAUGAAAUGGGUUCUCCAAAUACUAUGAAUCAAUCACUAACCCACCUUUAUCUGCCCUCUAGCCAAUUAAAUAGAUGGAUGCUGAACAGACAGACCAGGGUAAUGCUCAUUAGGGCAUACCGUAGCACAACGUUUUGCAACGGACAACAAAAUGUACAUUUUCUUAUUAGACAAGUUCAAAUAGUACCUCCCUGUUUCAGGACGUUUCCUUCCGUUUCAUGCGUACUGAACACUGCCCUGUUGUUUCCCCGUUCAGGAACCCAUACAUUGUCCCAGAGGAAGGAGAGGAGGAGGAUGUAGCCGAGGUGGCUGAAGAGAAGAAGGGGAAGAAGAACAAGAACAAAGACAAGGGGCAGAGGGGCAAGCCCAAGAAGGACCAGCCCAUGCUGGUGGAUGUGGACCUCAGCUUGUCAGCCUACGCCAAUGCCAAAAAGUAGGCUCUCCACUCUCCCUGGCUCAGUGUAUUCUUUAAACUGCAGUUAUUAAAUAGAACAGAUAUGUUUUAUCUCUAUGCUUUGAACAGUAUGGCUAGAUGUGGUUUUAGCAUAUCAAGCUGACGAACCCUAACGUUGAUGUCCUUUCUUUUCAGAUACUACGACCACAAGCGAACCGCUGCUAAGAAAGAGCAGAAAACUGUGGAGGCAGCCCAGAAGGUGAUGGUGCCACAUGCAUAUGACAUUCCCUGUCCAUUUGUGUUAGUGGUCAGUUCAUACAUUUGUAACAUCUUCCCCCUUUUUUAUUUCAAGGCUUUCAAAUCUGCUGAGAAAAAGACCAAGCAAACCCUUAAAGAGGUCCAAACGGUUACAACCAUUCAGAAGGCCAGGAAAGUCUACUGGUAAGAGACUUAGCCUAACUAAAGCAGUAUUCACCCUCUGUAAACUUGCCACGUAUAGAGAUAUGAGCAGUCAUUGACUAAACAAAUCUGAACUAGUGCAGCCAUGUUCAGCUAAUCUAACACCUGUAAGAAGUGAUUAAAUGAGCGCAAAGUCCUCUCCAAUUCCAGCACAAAUUCUACAGAUUCUACAUUUUAGUCAUUUAGCAGACGCUCUUAUCCAGAGCGACUUACAGUUAGUGAGUGAAUACAUUUUCAUACCGGCCCCCCGUGGGAAACGAACCCACAACCCUGGCGUUGCAAGCACCAUGCUCUACCACCUUUGUUUGUGUCAGAUUUGUGACAAAUGCAUAUUCUUCUGGGCAAUUACUUCCUCUUAUCUUUUCAAUACGUGACAAAUGAUGUAUCAUUGUGCUCUGUCAGGUUUGAGAAGUUCCUGUGGUUCAUCAGCUCAGAAAAUUACCUCAUCAUCGCCGGACGCGACCAGCAACAGAAUGAAAUUAUCGUUAAGCGCUACUUGAGGGCUGGUAAGAGUGUAAUACACUUACUAUAGCCCUGCCUUACAACAGGCUAUGGACAACUAUCCAAUGUCCAUACCAGCAUAGAACAUCGAAUACAUGCCCAAUACAUUGCUUCGGACUAGAUCGCAUGCUAGUUUGGAACACACAACACGCUAUGUUCCACUGUCCAUACUAGCAUACCACAUAGAAUGCAUUCACAAUACAUUGCUUCGUUCUAGUUAGUAUGCUAGUUUGGAGAUUGGAACAGAGCCUCUAUCUCGCUACCUGUGUGAAAAUCUCCUCCUCUAAUUUUGGUGUCUCUAUUAUCAGGGGAUAUCUACGUUCACGCCGACCUCCAUGGAGCAACCAGUUGUGUCAUCAAGAACCCAUCUGGUAAGAGCUGGCCUAGUUCUGUGAUCAACACACUGUUGUUCAGUCAAAUGACGCUUCUCUUAUCCACUGGAAUCUCUCUCUUUAAUAUAUGUUCAUGCAACUUAAAGUGAAUAACCCAUCUCAGCCCAAAUUCUAGUUAUAACUACCUGACUUGAAUUCAAGCUUAAGUGUUGACAAUCAUCUGUGAACUCUAUCCAUGUCUUUUUAAUGGGGUGUAAUGUGGCACUUCUAUCUCUUCCCUCUAGGUGUGCCCAUUCCUCCACGCACCUUGACCGAGGCAGGCACCAUGGCUGUGUGCUACAGUGCAGCCUGGGACGCCAAGGUCAUCACCAGCGCAUGGUGGGUGCACCACCACCAGGUGAGUCCUCCUUGGGAGCCUGCUGCAGGGUUGGAUGGUUGGAUCAGGGUAUGAUCAGAGCUGCUCCAAUGAUAACUCUUCUCGUCUCUCUCUGUCUAGGUGACUAAGUCGGCCCCCACUGGAGAAUACCUGACCACUGGAAGUUUCAUGAUCCGAGGUAUGGCAACGUCUUCCCAGUAGUCACCACGUGGUGGUUAUGUAGUGUUGGGUUAUCGACAGCUAAAACCGCAUUCCUAUUUUCACAGGAAAGAAGAACUUUAUGCCGCCCUCUUAUUUAAUGAUGGGUUUCAGCUUUCUCUUCAAGGUAAAAGCUCAUGUUUUAAACGUGUUUGCUCUGUCAUAGAUAGUCUUCCGAUAUAUCCGACUGCCUUUUGAGGAGUCAAUUGGUAAACCCUAUCUUGGCUCAACAGUCCAGUCUUGUGUCCACAGGUAGAUGAGCAGUGUGUAUUCAGACACCGGGGUGAGAGGAAGGUCAAAACCAUCGACGAGGACAUGGCGGACGUGACGUCCAGCACAGCAGACCUGCUAGAGGAUGGGGAGGAGCUUAUAGGUACAGGGCUUCAAGACCCACACGCACACACACACAUCAGUAUGCGAAUCUACUGGUUGUUGCAUUUAUGUACCAUACGUAUGUUUUCCCAGGGGAUGACAGUAGCAACGAGGGAGAGGGGGAUGAUGGAGGAGGAGAUGGAAAGAAGAAUGGAGGAGUAGAGGUAAAAGUAGAGAAAGCUACUGAAGGGGCAGAGGCUGAAGAUAAGGAGGAUGGAGAUGCUAACGAACUGGACGACAUGAAGGAGGAAGGAGAGGGGGAUGAGGAAGAGGUGGAAGGGCUGAAGGUGAAGAGUGAUGGGGAGAGUGCUGAGUUCAGUUUUCCAGACACCACCAUCUCCCUGUCCCACUUGCAGUCCACCAGGUAAUAUUAUACUACUGUAUGUUGCCAUUGUAAACUCAGCAAAAAAAAAGAAACGUCCUCUCACUGUCAACUGUAUUUAUUUUCAGCAAACUUAACGUGUAAAUAUUUGUAUGAACAUAACAAGAUUCAACAACUGAGACAUAAACUGAACAAGUUCAACAGACAUGUGACUAACAGAAAUUGAAUAAUGUGUCCCUGAACAAAGGGGGGGUCAAAAUCAAAAGUAACAGUCAGUAUCUGGUGUGGCCACCAGCUGCAUUAAGUACUGCAGUGCAUCUCCUCUUCAUGGACUGCACCAGAUUUGCCAGUUCUUGCUGUGAAAUGUUACCCCACUCUUCCACCAAGGCACCUGCAAGUUCCCGGACAUUUCUGGGGGGGGGAAUGGCCCUAGCCCUCACCCUCCGAUCCAACAGGUCCCAGACGUGCUCAAUGGGAUUGAGAUCUGGGCUCUUCAUGGCAGAACACUGACAUUCCUGACUUGCAGGAAAUCACGCACAGAACAAGCAGUAUGGCUGGUGGCAUUGUCAUGCUGGAGGGUCAUGUCAGGAUGAGCCUGAAGGAAGGGUACCACAUGAGAGAGGAGGAUGUCUUCCCUGUAACGCACAGCGUUGAGAUUGCCUGCAAUGACAACAAGCUCAGUCCAAUGAUGCUGUGACACACCGCCCCAGACCAUGACAGACCCUCCACCUCCAAAUCGAUCCCGCUCCAGAGUACAGGCCUCGGUGUAACGCUCAUUCCUUCGAUGAUAAACGCGAAUCCGACCAUCACCGGUGAGACAAAGCCGUGACUCGUCAGUGAAGAGCACUUUUUGCCAGUCCUGUCUGGUCCAGCGACGGUGGUUUUGUGCCCAUAGGCGACGUUGUUGCUGGUGAUGUCUGGUGAGGACCUGCCUUACAACAGGCCUACAAGCCCUUAGUCCAGCCUCUCUCAGCCUAUUGCGGACUGUCUGAGCACUGAUGGAGAGAUUGUGCGUUCCUGGUGUAACUUGGGCAGUUGUUGUUGCCAUCCUGUACCUGUCCCGCAGGUGAUGUUCGGAUGUACCGAUCCUGUGCAGGUGUUGUUACAUGUGGUCUGGCACUGCGAGGACGAUCAGCUGUCCGUCCUGUCUCCCUGUAGCGCUGUCUUAGAAGUCUCACAGUACGGACCUUGAAAUGUAUUGCCCUGGCCACAUCUGCAGUCCUCAUGCCUCCUUGCAGCAUGCCUAAGGCACGUUCACGCAGAUGAGCAGGGACCCUGGGCAUCUUUGUUUUGGUGUUUUUCAGAGUCAGUAGAAAGGCCUUCUUUAGUGUCCUAAGUUUUCAUAACUGUGACCUUAAUUGCCUACCGUCUGUAAGCUGCUAGUGUCUUAACGACCGUUCCACAGGUGCAAGUUCAUUAAUUGUUUAUGUUUCAUUGAACAAACAUGGGAAACAGUGUUUAAACCCUUUACAAUGAAGAUCUGUGAAGUUAUUUGGAAUUUUACAAAUUAUCUUUGAAAGACAGGGUCCUGAAAAAGGGACGUUUCUUUUUUUGCUGAGUUUGUGUGCCGGUCGUGUUCAUAUAUUAUUCCUCUGUAUUUGAAUGGCAAAUAUGACCUUUUGAAUUGAGUAAAGGCUAGUUUCUUCAGUAGUAGACCUAGGUCAAAUACGUAGGUGAAAUAAUUUUGAGAUACUUGGUUUGAAGUAUGCUUGAUAUAGCUUGGAGUUUAUAUUUGGGGCCAUUCCAUUGGUUCCAUUGUACCAGGCAAAACAAAUCAAGAGUAGUUUAAGUAUUUCAAAGUAUCUGACGUGUAUUUGACCCAGGUCUUUUCAGUGUCCGAAAGUGCAACAGUCAUCAGAGAGGUUUCUGUUUGUUUCUCUCCAGGGAAACCCAAAGUGCUGGUUUCAAAAAGAAGGUCUCCAUUCAGGUAAAGCAAUUGUGAUCGGUGAACUUCUAUAAUUGUUUUCAUUGAACUGUUUUCAUUAUGCAAUAGAAUAAUUUAUAUUUGAUAGAAUACAUUUUUAUUUCAUAAACGUCAUAUCAUAUGUACAUUUUAUUCUUCAUUAGGUUGAUGUGGAGGUGCAAAAAGAGGGGGGAAAACACAUGACAGCCAAGCAAAGAAGGUAAGCUAUAUACGUAGCAAUGAAACCUUCCCUCGUGGCUAAUAGUAAUGCAUGAAUGCAAUGGUUUUGUAUUGCUGCGUUCUUUUUGUCCAAAGGGAGGAGAAGAAGAAGGGGAAACAGGAUCUUUCUGAAACUCAGGAAGAAGAGGGAAAGACAGAGGAGACGCAUGGUGCCUCCGCAGCCAAUCAGACCACCAAGAGUGGAGGAGGGGGAGGAGCCUCUCAGCAACCUCUUAAGAGACAUCAAAAGGUGAGACGUUUUCAAAGUUUUAAAUUAAUUUUAUUAAUUGUAGUCCAAUUUGGCCAGAGAUUGGUUCUAGCGCUGGCUAAGGUUGUCAGCUUUACUGUCUUCGUGGUGGCAUUAGUUAGAAUACACUGCCCUUGAAAGUCAAGCUUUUCGUGUUUGUUUCCAUCUAUGCUGUGGUUGAAAUCCAGAACAAGCUGAAGAAAAUAAAAGAGAAGUACAAAGACCAGGACGAAGAGGAUCGGGAGCUGAUGAUGAAAUUGUUGGGGGUGAGGAGUAUGAUGUUGAACUUUCCCUCAUACUAUUGAAAUGUCUGGGUUACAAACUAUGGAACACAAAUUAAUGAUAUGAACAUAUCUGUACACCAAAACAUUUAUAAAAAAACAUUGAAUGAAAGGGACUUUUUUUUUUAUGGCCGGUUACUGGUUACCAAUAAAUUGUUUCCAAUAAAGCAGUACAGUACAGGCAUUUAUUGAAAUCCCAAACCUUUUCCGUCUGCAGUCUGCUGGCUCCACUAAGGAAGAGAAGCCUAAGAAGGGCAAGAAGGGGAAGGGCAAAGACGAGGUGUUGAGAAAAGCCCCCCAGAAGCAAGCCCCGAGACCCCGUCCUCAGGAGGUCAUCUUAAAGAAACCAGAAGGGGAGGAGGAGGGUCCGGCUGGGGAGGAGGGAGCAGCACCUGAACAGGAUGACAAGGUAAAGAAAACAAGUCAAACUGCUCCAUGGCCCUGUUCAAAUACUCUUAAAAUUAAUGAUUCCAUCCUCAAAGUAAUCACUAGGCAGGUUUCCAUUGACCCAAGGUUUAUUAGACAAAAAUAAUGUCCCAACAUUGUGAUGUAUAAUGGACAAGGCGGCUAUAGGGGAAAUGUUCUAAAGAUCUAUACUGAACAAAAACAUGCAACAAAUAUUUUACAGUUUACAGAGUUACAGUUCAUAGAAGGAAAUCAUUAAAUUGAAAUUAAUUAAUUAGGCCCUAAUCUAUGGAUUUCAUAUGACUGGGCAAGGGCGCAGCCAUGGGUGGGCCUGGGAGGGCAUAGGCCCACCCACUGGGGAGCCAGGCCCAGCCAAUCAGAAUUAGUUUUUCCCCACAAAAGGGUCCUUGGCUGGCGUGGUUACAUGUGGUCUGCGGUUGUGAGGCCGGUUGGAUGUACUGCCAAAUUCUCUAAAAUGACAUUGGAGGCGGCAUAUGGUAGAGAAAUGAACAUUACGCUCCCUCAAAAGUCAAGACAUCUGUGGCAUUGUGUUGUGUGACAAAACUGCACAUUUUAGUGGCCUUUUAUUGUCCCCAGCACAAGGUGCACCUGUGUAAUGAUCAUGCUGUUUAAUCAGCUUCUUGAUAUGCCAUACCUGUCAGAAGGAUGGAUUAUCUUGGCAAAGGAGAAAUGCUCACUAACAGGGAUAUAAACAAAUUUGUGCACAAAAUUUUAGAGAAAUAAGCUUUUUGUGCGUAUGGAAUAUUUCUGGGAUCUUUUAUUUCAGCUCAUGAAACAUGGGACCAACAAUUCACAUGUUGUUUAUAUUUUUGUUUAGUAUACAACAUUGUUACCCGUUCGACAGGUGGAUUUUUCUUUUGUCAAACUUUCUUUGCAACAACUGAUGAUGGAAACUGUGUUUUUGGAAUAAAUGAUUGCCAAAUAUUUUUUGAAGGUACACAACGGGGCACAUGAUAUCACGCAAUUACAAAGCUUCACUCCACAUUUAAUUCUAAAUGCCUACUGCUUGCUAAAUCUCAGUUUUUCCACUAUAAAAAUGUUUCUUUGCAGGACAAGGAUUGUCUUGACUUUCAAGAAUGCUUGCCUUGCUUUUCUGGUUGGCUGGAUGCAAGUUACACCAUCCAAUUAUUUAAGAUCUACAGGAGUGCAAGUUUCACCAUGGCAUGGAGUGUGGUGAUAUGUUGGCACAUGAGAAUUAUUAAAAUAUGGAAAAUAUUGGUAAAUUCUUGCAUUCUAUCCAUGCUGGCUUUUGCGGACUACCUGAGACAUGAAACAGAUCGGUGGGAGGGUAUAGAGGCUCUCGACAAUUUACUAAUGCGCAAUUUUCCUAAAUGUAUCAUGGAAACACUUCAGCCACUUCAUUUCUAUUCGACACUAUUUUUUUGCGGAAAAGUAUUAUUUCUUUGUUACGUCAUUAACGUCCAGUUGUUUUUGUCAACACAAGACAGUUAAAUGGAAACGCGCCGUAGAAGGCAAUUGUCGCAUCUAUUUUCUAUGCAAACUGGCUAAAUGUCGUGAAGAAAUCACUGGACAAGUUAAUGGAAACAUAGCUACUGAUCUAACAUGACAUAAUUGGUGAAAGCAAUGCCUUGGAAAACUUGCACCAAUCAUCAAUCCAUUUGUCAGAUCAGUGAUUACUUUGUGGAAGGAAGGAAGAAUGCAUUUUAAGAGUUUUGAACAGGGCCCCUGAAUCCAUGUUUGCUUGAUCUAAGAACUGAAACAAAGGUGAUUUGAAGAAAAAGGGAGAAAGGUGACUGCUAUUUAUGUUGCAGGAAGGAGAUGACCAGGACCAAGACAACCCUGGAGCAGAGGUGGGUUCUUUCAGAUUACUGUAUUACUGUUCAAACCUGGCCUGGUAGAAAUAGAUUUUCAUUAUGAAAAAAGGGGAUAAAAUAAUGAAAUCCUUUCCUGCAGUGCCAACAUCCUUGUCUCAUUGUGUCUCUCCAUUGACUUCCCUAGGAAGCAGAGAACCUGCUGAAUUCUCUGACGGGCCAGCCCCACCCAGAGGAUGUACUGCUGUUCGCUGUGCCAGUCUGUGCCCCCUACACUGCCCUCUCCAACUACAAGUAAGGACAGCAUAUCUACCUAGUUUUAUAAUAUCUUUGUUAUGCCAGUAAUGGCUACCAUUGAAAGACCAAAUCCUCUGACCAUUACAUCUAAGCCAACCUAACACCAAUUUUGAUUUAUCAAUUUACCCAUAUACGGGUACUUAUUCUGCUUCCAUUUGCAAUUGGAAAUGGGACAUGGCUAUGUUUUCAAAGUUAGCUAAAAACUGUGUUUCCCCAUAGGCACAAGGUGAAGUUGACCCCAGGGACCCAGAAGAAAGGAAAAGGUAAUAUCAGAGCGCUAAUGUAUUCUGUAUUAUAAAUGAUAAGAGGCCGUAUGCUAGUGCUGAGCGAUUAACUAACAUUUCGGUUAUUUUUCAGUUUUUAAACUAAUUGACCGUCGGUGCAAUUAUUUGAAUUCCAUUUUGUUCCGUUUUUUUGUGCGCUCAAUGCGCACAUUGCAGUUUCUCUAGAGAUAAAUCAGAUCCAGCCUGAACUGUGUGAUGUAGUAAGGAGUUGUAGUUUCCAACAGGCCAAUAUUCUACAUAGUUAACCUCCUUAAAUGUAAUGGCAAAAUGUAGAUUUCCGCAUAAAUAGACAUACCCAAAAGUAACUGCUAUUCAUGUGUAAUUACAUAAUUCUGACAUGCCAAAACGUUUUAUAUUUGGAAAGAAGACAUCUGGGAGAUUGUGAGGAAAUGAUCAGAAGAUAUAUUGGAGUUACAUAGUUUAGAAUAGGCAGAAGAAUGCACGAUCGUGCGGGGAAAUAGAGAGCAGCUGUUGCUUCGCAAGGUAUCUACCUGAAAAUACAUGAUCUAAGUGAUUGAUAGUUGGUAUUCAGCAGUCAUAAAAUCUGCAUUGCUUGCUGUUUGGGGUUUUAGGCUGGAUUUUCUGUCAUCUGCUGAUGUAAAAAGGCUUUAUAAAUACAUUUGAUAAAAGUAUGCCUUAUUUACUUUGAAAAACUACAAAAUAAUUAUUUUGUCAGACAGCAUAUGCAGCAGCUCUAUAGAGAUGAGAUGACUUUGAAUGAAAUAAGUCAUCAAAUAAAACAAAUGUAAUAUAGACAACUGAUAUUUUUGUUGUUGAAUGAUCCGAAACAACCUCAAAAAGCACUAAUCGCUCAGCACUAGUCUUAAGGUCCUUACUACUAAAUAGUGUCUGUUCCAGGUGCGUAGGAGUCAAAAGAAGAAUAAUGGAAGAGAUGGAGACCCGCACACAGUUGAAAAAAAUGAAUACAUCCAAAACUGAGGCUUGAAUGGAUUUAUUCGACAGUGUGCGGGUCUCAAUCUCUUCCAGUAUUAUAAAAUGAUGACAUGGCUGGAUCCUAGGAAAUGAUCUCUUAUCUAUAUUUUGUCCUCCAAGCUGCCCGCACUGCAGUAUUCAGCUUCAUGAAGGCCAGGGAGGCUUCGACCAGAGAGAAGGACUUGUUUCGCAGUGUCAAGGUAAGGCGGAUCCACAUACCUGGAUCGUGUUCAUUAGGGUGCACCGUAGCAAAACGUUUUGCAACGGAAAAUGAAAGUGAUUUUUAUUGGACAGAGUUCAGAUAGUACCUCCCCCAUUUUGGCCAUAUUCUUCUAUUUUGUGACUACUGAACACAACCCUGGGCGGCAGGUAGCCUAGCGUUGGGCCAGUAACCGAAAGGUCGCUGGUUCGAACCCCCGAGCCAACUAGGUAAAAUUUGUCGAUGUGCCCUUGAGCAACCAAAUCUCUAUUUUUGAUGUAAAUGGCAUGUUGUAGAACGAUCCAGACAAAUCUUUUGUGAUUUCACGUUUUUGAGAAACCUAGCUAAUCACUUCCUCAUCCUCGUUGUGUAGUAUGGGGCCCCUGAAAAAAUAUGUAAAGGAUACAAAAACACCCAAAUACAUCCUGUUAGAAAUGGCAAAGCUCUCAGUAUAGGUCUUUAGAUGUUGUACACAUUGUCAUUCCAAACUUUAUCCACAACGUUUAAUUCCAUUUUGUUGCAACUCAAAGAAUACCUCUCCGUCCAGUCUACAGGUAACUGCCAAAAUAAAGGAAACCUUUGAGUAAAUGAGGAAUACAAAGUAUAUUGAAAGCAUGUGGUACUUCCACACAGUUGUAGAAUCUAUGCCAAGGCGCAUUGAAGCUGUUCUGGUGGCCCAACGCCCUAUGAAGACUCUAAGUUUCCUUUAUUUUGGCAUUUACCAGUAGCAGCAGGCUACACACAGAAUGGAACAGCUGGAUAGGGGAAAUGGCUUGAGUCGCGCAAAAGGGAAUGUAACAUUGCAGAUAAAGUUCUGAAUGACAAUUUCAUGUGUGCAACAUCUUAAGACCUUCAUCACUAUACUGAGAGCUUUGCCAUUUCUAGAAGGAUGUUUUUGGAGUCGUUCAUGUUUUUUCAGGGCCCACAUACUACACAAUGAGGAUGAGCAAGUGAUUUGCUGUAAGUUUGCUAAAACGGGAAAUCACAAAAAAGGUGUCUGGACCUUUCUAUAACAUGCCAUUUACAUCAAAUCACUUCUCCUUUAACCCUAAUUGCUCCUGUAAGUCACUCUGGAUAAGAGUGUCUGCUAAAUGACAAAUGUGAGUUUGCCUUGGUUUUAUAUAUAAUAAAAUAUACAAUGACAUUUUUCUGGCAAUCUGUAAUAUGUAAGCACCUUAGCAAUUACUUUACGAAUGACUGCUUAGCCACUUAGCACAAAACAACAAGUGUGAAAAGUUGCUUGUGAGCUCUGGUUUUAAGACCCUUUUCUCGUUUCAGGAUACUGAUUUAUCAAGAAACAUCCCUGGCAAAGUUAAAGUAUCAGCACCUAACCUGCUGGCAGCCAAGAAGAAAUAGAACUAAACAAUGAAGUCGACAUGGGCUUGCUUCACAAUGUAACAAUGAGUUAACCCAUCCCUUAAUAGGACUAUGCUGACUUCAUUAAUGUCUUCAAUUUACCAAUCAUGUGCAAAUGUAUAUGGAUGACAUGAAAAGCUUGUGCGCCGAAGCAUUACUUUUCCUCAGUGUCCUGGAUCUUUACAUUCAACAACAUUCUUUGUUCAAGAUAACAAAAAAAAGCAAUGCAAAAUGUCAGAACAAAAUCUGAUUUGGCAUAAUUGCCGAGUUUAUAUUUUCUUGAUUCUAAAUUAAACAUUUUAAACUUCAAUGUAACUGGUAUUAAUAUUACCUGAUUAAAAACAGACAAAAUGCUACGCGAGCCUCUUCUGACUAACAUGGUCAAACUGAACAUUUUUCACUUUUAAAAAAUAUAUAUACAUUUUCAAACACUGGCACGACAAAUUCACAUAUAUACACACAAAAGCAAGCACUCAAAAUGAGGAUAAUGAACAUUGCCAUGUUUGCUGACUGGCCUAAGGGAUCUGCCAACACCAUUCCCACUAAUUUACUUUGAUUUUCCAACCCACUCAUGACAAGAUCGGGUGAGCCGUCCUCUUUGUUCAGCUAGCAGCAGGGCCGUGGCCGUCCACACACCCUGGCAUCCCAAAGAACGUGGUGGUAUAUGCUUCUUAUGACCCCAGUGUGUUGAUGCCUCCCAUCCUCUGUUUGAGACUGUGUAGCAGGUAUUUAGGCAGGCAGUCCCAGGACCCAGCCAGCAACUCUCUGUGCUGCAGCGCUGCCUCCAUACAGAACCUAGAGAAGGGGGACAAUCAGGCACCACUUAGGCAAGUUUUACGUUGACCAGAAGAUGUACUGUAUCAGAGUUGACGUGUUCAUUAGGCACCAAACAGAAGAAAACGGACUACCUGAACUUUUUUGUUGCAUGCCCUCCCUAAUGAACAAAACCCUGUAGUUAGGGCCAUGUUGUGUCUGGGUUCAGGGUUGUGUUUCUACUCACCGGACAAGUGACUUGGGUUGAACCGUGAACACCAGCAACUCUUUGCUGUGAGCCUGUUGAUAAAGCAAUUGACAUACCGUUAUUCAAACCAUACUUGGUAGUAAACCUGCUUAUCAAUCAGUUGGUAGUUCUAAUUUUAAGUAACACUUGUGCCAGACACCAAGAAGGUGUGGACUCACCGCUCGCUGAUGGGACAGCAGGUUAUUGGCACAACCGCCAAACACAAACACCUCCCCGUCAGGACCGGAACAGGCCGUGUGCCAGAGCCUGACACACACAAAAAAACAGAGGAAAAUCACCAUGGACUCGCAUGAUUAAGGACACACACAGUAAGACAAGCAUCUCCUAUGCCUUACCACAUAUCUGUUGAUAUUACCUGGGGCUCUGUGUGUGCUUGUGCUUGUACUGUUGCCACUCGUUCUUGCUGACGCAGUACAGCCAAGCGUCACCUGUAGAUAUUACAAAUGGAUGGAGGAAUAAAAAAAAAUGGGUCACUGUUUGGCUUCUUUCCCCUCCAGUGAUGUAAUUUGUUGGUGAAUUGUGUGGUCAUGCCAUGGACUCAAGGAAAAAUAAAAAGACAAAGUAUUCUUCACUCACUCAGUGUCUCUCUACAUGUUGUGAAGCCUCCGAACAGGAAGAGGUGGUCAGGUGACACGGGGGUGAGGGAGUGCCAUGAGCGUCCCACAGGACCCUGCUGAGGAACACUCCUGUAGAGGGGCAGGGGAGGUCGAGGGGAAAUAGGACCAGGGGGGAAAGAGUGAGAGUUAGUCCCAUAAAGGUUAACACGGGCACAUCCGUGGGUUAGAGCACAACAUCCUCCCAUUUAAAAAAAGUGUUUAAUGCUAUAACAUGCAUGAAGACAUUUUGGAUGAGGACCCCAUAGCAUACAUUUCAUGCCACUCCCAGGA